GGGCAGUCCUCGGCUUCGUCCAAGAAAAUUCCCGUGAGAGAUGGAGUGAGAGAACUCAUGCUUCUAUUGCUCAAAAACUCCUCUCCUCGAACGCUUUUCGGGAAAACGGUAGGGAGAAGAAAAACGUGAGUGAGAGAGAGAGAGAGGGAGAAGACGGGCCAGGAGAUCGAACGGAACACUUCUCUACUUCUCAGAAACCCUAGAAACAGAGAGACCAAGCAGAGCCAAGGAACAAAAAGUGAAGAAUUUGCUUUUGAUUUAAUAGGUGCAGCCGAAGAGAAGAACUAGGGUUUUAGCAGUUUGCAACUCGAAAAUGAGUCCAAUUCAGAACUUCGAACAGCAUGCUCGGCAUCUCAUCGAGCCUGACCUUCCUAUACAGGCAAGGCUUCAGAUGGCAAUGGAGGUGCGGGAUAGCCUCGAGAUUGCGCAUACUGCUGAGUACUUAAACUUCCUGAAAUGUUAUUUCCGGGCCUUCUCCAUGAUUCUUACACAGUUAACGACACCUCAACUGACGGACAACCCUGAGCACAAGCUUAGAAACGUUAUCGUUGAGAUUCUUAAUCGUCUCCCUCACAGUGAAGUACUCCGCCCCUUUGUCCAGGAUCUUUUGAAAGUCGCCCUGCAAGUUCUCACUUUGGACAAUGAGGAGAAUGGCCUAGUUUGUAUACGUAUCAUCUUUGACCUUUUGCGGAACUUCAGGCCGAGCCUUGAGAACGAAGUCCAGCCGUUCCUUGACUUCGUUUGUAAGAUAUACCAGAACUUUAGGGCGACUGUUAGUUAUUACUUUGAGGAUGGGGCGGGUGGAGAAGAUAAUAAGCAGGUCACUGGUUCGGGUCAACUUGCUACUGGGUACAUUGGUGGCGGGCAGCUUAACCCCAGCACUCGUUCCUUUAAGAUAGUCACGGAGAGCCCACUGGUGGUGAUGUUCCUUUUUCAGCUGUAUGGGCGGCUGGUUCAGACUAACAUUCCUCACUUGCUGCCUUUGAUGGUUGCCGCAAUAUCUGUUCCAGGACCUGAAAAGGUUCCUCCGCAGUCGAAGAACUACUUCAUUGAAUUGAAGAGUGCACAGGUUAAGACGGUUUCCUUUUUAACUUACUUGCUGAAAAGUUUCGCUGACUAUAUAAGGCCUCAUGAAGAAAGUAUAUGUAGAAGCAUUGUGAAUUUGCUUGUUAGUUGUCCAGACUCUGUUUCUGUUCGGAAGGAAUUGCUUGUAGCAUUGAAACAUGUUCUUGGAACAGAUUUCAAGCGGGGAUUAUUUCCUUUAAUUGACACUUUGUUGGAGGAGAGGGUUUUGGUGGGAACUGGUCGAGCUUGCUUUGAUACAUUGAGACCAUUGGCUUAUAGUCUACUUGCAGAGAUUGUACAUCAUGUCCGGGGUGAUCUUUCACUAUCACAGUUGUCAAGAAUUAUUUACUUGUUCUCCAGGAAUAUGCAUGAUUCAUCCCUAUCAUUGAGCAUUCAUACUACUUGUGCACGCCUAAUGCUGAAUCUGGUGGAACCUAUUUUUGAGAAAGGUGUUGAUCCAUCAUCCAUGGAUGAAGCUAGGGUUUUAUUGGGUAGAAUUCUGGAUGCUUUUGUGGGGAAGUUUAGUACCUUCAAACGGACCAUUCCUCAGCUAUUGGAGGAGGGUGAGGAAGGAAAGGAGCGAUCGACAAUGAGGUCAAAGCUUGAACUCCCUGUGCAGGCAGUUUUAAAUCUGCAGGUCCCUCUGGAACACUCCAAGGAAGUCACUGAUUGUAAACAUCUAAUUAAGACGUUGGUCAUGGGAAUGAAGACAAUAAUUUGGAGCAUCACUCAUUGUCAUUUAUCACGAACACAGGUUUCACCAUCAGCACAUGGAGCACUUCAGCAAAUGCAGGUCUCCCCAUCGUCUACCUUUCCAGUUUCUCAAGCAUUUAAAGGGAUGAGAGAGGAUGAGGUGUGGAAAGCCUCUGGUGUCCUGACAAGUGGUGUCCAUUGCUUAGCUCUCUUCAAGGAGAAAGACGAAGAGAGGGAGAUGCUUCACCUUUUUUCUCAAAUUUUAGCUAUUAUGGAGCCACGAGAUCUUAUGGAUAUGUUCUCCAUGUGCAUGCUAGAACUUUUUGAGUGCAUGAUCAGCAACAAUCAGUUGCUUCAUAUAUUUUCUACCCUUCUGCAAGCACCCAAGGUUUUUCGGCCCUUUGCAGAUGUUUUGGUCAAUUUCCUUGUCAGUAGCAAGCUUGACUGUUUGAAGCAUCCAGACACACCAUCAGCGAAACUUGUGUUGCAUCUUUUUCGGCUGUUAUUUGGUGCUGUUUCUAAGGCUCCUUCAGAUUGUGAACGUAUUCUACAGCCUCAUGUGCCUGUUAUCAUGGAGGUUUGUAUGAAGAAUGCCACUGAAGUUGAAAUGCCACUUGGUUAUAUGCAACUUCUUCGUACAAUGUUCCGUGCACUUGCGGGGGGGAAAUUUGAACUUCUGUUGCGAGACCUGAUUCCUACAUUGCAACCCUGCCUAAAUAUGUUACUGGCUAUGGUAGAUGGGCCUACUGGUGAAGACAUGAGGGACCUUGUGCUGGAGCUUUGCCUAACUUUGCCAGCCCGUUUAAGUUCUUUGUUGCCUCACCUUCCUCGUCUUAUGAAGCCUCUGGUUUUGACUCUAAAAGGAAGUGAUGACCUUGUAAGCUUAGGUCUAAGGACACUUGAGUAUUGGAUUGAUAGUUUAAAUCCUGAUUUCUUGGAACCAAGUAUGGCAAAUGUUAUGUCAGAAGUGAUCCUAGCUUUAUGGUCUCACUUGAGACCAGCACCCUAUCCAUGGGGUGCAAAAGCAUUGCAACUUCUUGGUAAACUUGGUGGUCGGAACAGACGUUUUCUCAAAGAGCCCCUUGCGCUUGAGUGUAAAGAGAACCCUGAGCAUGGGCUUCGAUUGAUUUUUACGUUUGAGCCGUCAACUCCUUUUUUAGUACCUUUGGAUCGUUGCAUAUAUCUGGCUGUAGCUGCUGUCAUGCAGAAGACUGCCGGCAUGGAUGCUUUUUACAGAAAGCAGGCUCUAAAGUUCCUCCGUGUGUGCUUGUCUUCUCAACUGAACUUGCGAGGUAAUGUUAAUGGGGAGGCAAUUACACCUGGGCCGUUGUCAACAUUAUUAGUUUCUUUGAUCGAUCCUUCCUGGCACUGGGCUGAGACCUCAGAUCUUAAGGGUGACUUGGGGGUCAAGACUAAAACACAACUUAUGGCUGAGAAAUCUGUGUUUAAGGUGCUCCUGAUGACCAUCAUUGCUGCUAGUGCAGAACCAGAUCUUUGUGACCCCAAGGAUGAUUUUGUUCUCAAUGUUUGCCGCCAUUUUGCUAUGAUUUUCCAUGUGGAGAACUCUUCAACUAAUCCUUCAGUUGCGACCGGGCAACUUGUGGGCCCUGUGCUUUCAUCAACAAAUAACAUGGGUUCCAGAUCUAGGGGCACUACUACUUCAAAUCUCAAGGAGUUGGAUCCACUGAUAUUUUUGGAUGCAUUGGUGGAUGUGCUAGCAGAUGAAAACAGGCUUCAUGCCAAGGCUGCUCUUAAUGCUUUAAAUAUGUUUGCUGAGACUCUUCUUUUCCUUGCUCGCUCAAAGCAUAGUGGAGUGCCUUCAAGGGGAGCUCCUGGGACUCCCAUGAUGGUUUCUAGUCCAUCAAUGAAUCCUGUAUAUUCACCACCCCCUAGUGUUAGGAUCCCUGUGUUUGAGCAACUUUUGCCUCGUCUUCUGCAUUGUUGUUAUGGGAAUACGUGGCAGGCUCAAAUUGGAGGUGUGAUGGGGUUAGGUGCUUUGGUGGGUAAAGUAACAGUUGAGACUUUAUCUUUUUUCCAAGUUAGAAUUGUUCGUGGUCUGGUAUAUGUUCUCAAAAGACUUCCUGCACAUGCUAACAAGGAACAGGAGGAGACAAGUCAAGUGCUUACACAGGUCCUCCGUGUGGUGAAUAAUGUUGAUGAAGAAAAUAGUGAACCCCGCAGGCAAAGCUUUCAGGGUGUUGUUGAUUUUCUUGCUUCGGAGUUGUUUAAUGCUAAUGCAUCCAUUGUUGUUAGGAAGAAUGUACAGUCAUGUCUUGCACUUUUGGCAAGUAGAACUGGUAGUGAGGUGUCUGAGUUGCUUGAGCCUUUGUAUCAACCAUUACUUCAGCCAUUUAUAAUGCGAUCACUUCGGUCCAAGAAUGUUGAUCAACAGGUUGGGACAGUUACUGCUUUGAAUUUUUGCUUGGCCUUAAGACCACCCCUUCUCAAGUUGACUCCUGAGCUUGUUAAUUUCUUGCAAGAAGCUCUGCAAAUCGCUGAGGCAGAUGAGACCGUAUGGGUCGUAAAAUUUAUGAACCCAAAAGUGGCAACAUCAUUAAACAAGCUUCGGACAGCAUGUAUCGAGUUACUAUGUACAGCAAUGGCAUGGGCAGAUUUUAAAACGCCGAAUCAUUAUGAACUGCGGGCGAAGAUCAUUUCCAUGUUUUUUAAAUCAUUGACUUGUCGGACACCAGAAAUUGUUGCUGUUGCAAAGGAGGGGCUUCGACAGGUUAUUCAACAACAAAGGAUGCCCAAAGACCUUCUGCAGACUAGCCUCCGGCCUAUUUUAGUUAAUUUGGCGCAUACGAAGAGUCUCAGCAUGCCUCUUCUGCAAGGUCUGGCACGCUUGCUUGAACUUCUCUCCAACUGGUUUAAUGUUACCUUGGGCGGCAAGCUUUUGGAGCACCUGAGGAAAUGGUUGGAACCGGAAAAGCUUGCUCAAUGUCAGAAAUCAUGGAAGGUUGGAGAGGAACCGAAAAUUGCAGCAGCUAUUAUUGAACUUUUCCAUCUGCUCCCUCCAGCGGCUGGGAGGUUCCUGGAUGAACUGGUGACCCUGACAAUUGAUUUGGAAGGGGCUCUUCCCCAAGGGCAAUUCUACAGUGAAAUUAACAGUCCUUAUCGCCUUCCACUCACCAAGUUCUUAAAUCGAUAUUCAAGUGAAGCUGUUGGGUAUUUUCUUGGUCGUUUAAGCCAGCCUAAAUACUUCAGGCGGUUUAUGUAUAUAAUACGUUCAGAUGCUGGCCAACCCUUGAGAGAAGAACUUGCAAAGUCUCCAGAGAAGAUACUUGCAAAUGGUUUCCCUCAAUUCUUUCCAAAGUCUGAAGGAUCUGUGGCUUCAGGAUCUAUGAUUCCACCUGCUGAUCCAAUGAUUGAAGAAAAUCUUGUUACACCUCUACCUGAAGGGCUUUCUAAUCCACCAUCUGCAACCCAUAGUGCAAGCUCAGAUGCUUAUUUUCAGGGACUUGCUCUUAUUUCAGCUUUGGUUAAACUGAUGCCUGAAUGGUUGCAUAAUAACCGUAUUGUUUUUGAUACAUUGGUACUUGUCUGGAAAUCACCUGCAAGAAUAUCUCGUUUACACAAUGAACAAGAGCUGAGUUUGGUCCAAGUGAAGGAAAGCAAAUGGCUUGUCAAAUGCUUUCUCAAUUACUUGCGACAUGAGAAAACUGAAGUCAAUGUUUUAUUUGAUAUGCUUUCUAUUUUUCUAGUCCACACUCGCAUUGAUUAUACUUUCCUGAAGGAAUUUUACAUCAUUGAGGUUGCUGAAGGCUAUCCUCCAACUAUGAAGAAAACCCUUCUAGUGUAUUUCUUGGAACUUUUCCAAUCCAAAGAACUCGGCCAUGAUCAUCUGGUUGUUGCUAUGCAAAUGCUUAUUCUUCCAAUGCUUGCUCAUGCUUUUCAGAAUGGCCAAAGUUGGGAGGUUGUAGACCCUACUAUUAUUAAGACAAUUGUUGAUAAGCUUCUUGAUCCCCCGGAAGAGGUUAGUGCUGAGUAUGAUGAACCUUUGAGAAUAGAACUUCUGCAGCUCGCUACAUUGCUUCUUAAAUAUCUACAAAAUGACCUUGUUCAUCAUCGAAAGGAACUCAUCAAAUUUGGUUGGAAUCAUCUCAAGCGAGAAGAGAGCGCCAGCAAGCAAUGGGCUUUUGUCAAUGUUUGCCAUUUCUUGGAGGCCUAUCAGGCUCCAGAGAAAAUUAUACUCCAGAGAGCUAAAUUUCUUGACGUCGAUUCUUGCUGUUCGUGUAAACCGGAAGAGGUUUUUGUGGCUCUUCUUAGAACAUGCCAGCCAGAGAACAAGAUGCUGGUCAAGCAGGCUCUUGAUAUACUAAUGCCAGCAUUACCCCGAAGGUUGCCUACAGGGGAUUACCGUAUGCCAAUUUGGAUCCGUUACACAAAAAAGAUUCUGGUUGAAGAAGGGCAUUCCAUUCCUAAUUUAAUUCACAUUUUCCAGCUCAUUGUCCGCCAUUCGGAUCUCUUCUACAGCUGUAGAGCACAAUUUGUUCCUCAAAUGGUUAAUUCUCUGAGUCGCCUUGGGUUACCAUACAACACGACUGCAGAAAAUAGACGCCUUGCCAUUGAACUUGCAGGGUUGGUUGUUGGAUGGGAAAGGCAGAGGCAAAAUGAAGUUAAAGCAGUACCUGAUACAGAAGGCCCUAACCAAACUAGUGAUGUGUUUAAUCCAGGUCCUGUUAAUAUUGAUCCAAAGCACCCAUCAGAAGGUUCUUUGUUACCCGAUGAGCUAAGUAAACGAGUAAAGGUUGAACCUGGCCUUCAAUCCAUCUGUGUCAUGUCCCCUGGUGGUGCUUCAUCAAUCCCCAAUAUAGAGACCCCUGGUUCUGCUGCACAGCCUGAUGAGGAGUUCAAGCCUAAUGCUGCCAUGGAAGAGAUGAUUAUCAAUUUUCUCAUUAGAGUAGCUUUGGUCAUAGAGCCCAAGGAUAAGGAAACAAGUUCAAUGUAUAAGCAGGCUUUGGAAUUAUUGUCGCAAGCUUUAGAAGUGUGGCCUAAUGCAAAUGUUAAGUUCAAUUAUCUGGAGAAGUUGCUGAGCAGUCUCCAGCCAUCUCAAUCAAAAGACCCUGCAACCGCUUUGGCUCAGGGCCUUGAUGUCAUGAAUAAGGUUUUGGAGAAGCAACCUCAUUUGUUCAUCCGAAACAACAUCCAUCAGAUUUCACAAAUACUUGAGCCUUGCUUCAACAAUAAAAUGCUGGAUGCUGGGAAGUCUCUAUGCUCCUUGUUGAAGAUGGUCUUUAUGGCAUUUCCUCCAGAGGCAGCUAAUACACCACAAGAUUUGAAGUUAUUGUACCAAAGGGUUGAGGAUCUUAUACAAAAGCAUCUUGCAGCUGUGACAUCCCCUCAAAUAUCACUAGAAGUUAGUGCUGCAAACUCCAUGAUAAGCUUUGCACUCUUUGUUAUUAACACUUUGACAGAGGUGCAGAAGAACUUCAUUGAUCCAUUCAUUUUGCCUUUGGCCCGUGUCUUUCAACGCCUGGUACGGGAUAUGGGAUCAUCUGGAGGUCCUCAUGUGAGACAUGGUCAGAGAACAGAGCCAGAUGCUGCUGGUCCUGCUCAUGCGGUUGGUGACAUUGGAUCAGUGACCUCUAAUUUGAAAUCUGUGUUAAAACUAAUCAGUGAAAGGGUCAUGCUUGUUCCUGAAUGUAAAAGAUCUGUAAGCCAAAUACUAAAUGCGCUACUGACAGAGAAGGGUACUGAUGCCAGUGUGCUACUUUGUAUACUUGAUGUAAUAAGGGGCUGGAUUGAAGAUGACUUCAGUAGGUCCGUGGCAUCUAGUGCAUCGGGAGCCGUUCUUACUCAGAAAGAGAUAGUUUCAUAUCUUCAGAAGUUGUCACUGGUUGAUAAGCUCGCUUUCUCCCCAAGUGCAUUAGAAGAGUGGGACAAGAAAUAUCUUGAACUUCUUUAUGGACUUUGUGCUGAAUCAAACAGGUAUCCACUGUCCAUGCGACAAGAAGUGUUCCAGAAAGUGGAAAGGCAAUUUAUGCUUGGUCUAAGGUCAAAAGAUCCAGAGGUCAGACAGAAAUUCUUCUUGCUAUAUCAUGAAUCCCUUGGGAAAACGUUGUUCGCAAGGCUGCAAUUUAUUAUCCAAAUUCAGGACUGGGAAGCUUUGAGUGAUGUCUUCUGGCUCAAACAAGGCCUUGAUCUUCUUCUGGCUAUCUUGCUUGAAAAUGAACCUAUAACACUUGCUCCAAACUCUGCUCGGGUGCUCCCGCUUAUGGCACAGGGUACUCUUCCAGAGCGCCCUGGAAUCCAGCAACAGGUUACUGAUGCAUCUGAUAAUUCUGAAGGGAGUCUAUUAACACUUGAUAACCUUGUCUAUAAGCAUGCACAGUUUUUGAAUGAGAUGAGAAAGCUCAAGGUGGCUGAUCUUGUUGUUCCUUUGAGGGAACUGGCUCACACGGAUGCUAAUGUUGCAUAUCAUUUAUGGGUACUGGUAUUCCCAAUUGUCUGGGUGACUUUACACAAGGAAGAGCAAGUGCAAUUAGCUAAGCCAAUGAUAGCUCUUUUGUCAAAAGAUUACCACAAAAAGCAACAAGGAAACAGACCAAAUGUUGUACAGGCACUUCUAGAAGGUCUUCAUUUGAGCCACCCUCAACCUCGGAUGCCAAGUGAACUCAUCAAAUAUAUUGGAAAGACUUACAAUGCCUGGCACAUUUCAUUGGCUCUGCUUGAAAGUCAUGUCAUGUUGUUCAUGAAUGAAGCGAAGUGUUCUGAGUCUCUUGCUGAACUUUAUCGAUUGCUCAAUGAGGAGGAUAUGAGGUGCGGACUGUGGAAGAAAAGAUCAAUUACUGCAGAAACACGCACUGGACUUUCACUAGUUCAACAUGGUUAUUGGCAAAGGGCCCAAAGCCUACUUUACCAAGCCAUGAUCAAGGCAACCCAGGGCACGUAUAACAACACGGUUCCAAAGGCUGAAAUGUGUCUUUGGGAAGAGCAAUGGCUUUAUUGUGCUAGUCAGCUUAGUCAGUGGGAUGUUUUGGCAGACUUUGGCAGAAGUGUUGAAAAUUAUGAAAUACUUCUUGAUUGUCUCUGGAAAAUUCCUGAUUGGGCAUAUAUGAAGGAUAACGUAAUUCCUAAGGCUCAAGUAGAAGAAACACCAAAGCUCCGCUUAAUCCAGGCAUUUUUUUCUCUUCAUGAUAGGAAUACAAAUGGCGUGGGAGAGGCGGAAAAUAUAGUGGGAAAGGGUGUUGAUCUUGCUUUAGAACAAUGGUGGCAAUUGCCUGAGAUGUCUGUUCAGGCCCGGAUACCUCUUUUGCAGCAGUUUCAACAGCUAGUUGAAGUUCAAGAAUCAGCUAGAAUUAUUGUGGAUAUUGCCAAUGGUAACAAGCAGCUUUCUGGAAACUCUGUUGCAGGUGUUCAUGCUAGUGGGUAUAUGGAUCUGAAGGAUAUCCUUGAGACAUGGCGACUAAGGACCCCAAAUGAGUGGGACAACUCAUCUGUUUGGUAUGAUUUACUUCACUGGCGAAAUGAGAUGUAUAAUACUGUUAUUGAUGCAUUCAAAGAUUUUGGCAGCACAAACCCACAGCUUCAUCACCUUGGUUACCGUGACAAAGCUUGGAAUGUCAAUAAGCUUGCUCACAUCGCCCGUAAGCAAGGUCUUUAUGAUGUGUGUGUGACAAUACUUGAGAAGAUGUAUGGCCACUCAACCAUGGAAGUGCAGGAGGCCUUCACUAAAAUAAGAGAACAAGCGAAAGCUUAUCUUGAGAUGAAGGGAGAACUUACCAGUGGUCUUAAUUUGAUCAAUGGUGCUAAUCUUGAAUACUUUCCUGUGAAAAAUAAAGCAGAAAUUUUUCGCCUCAAAGGGGAUUUCCUGUUGAAAUUAAAUGAUUGUGAAAAUGCUAAUAUUGCAUAUUCCAAUGCCAUCAGUCUUUUCAAGCAUUUACCAAAAGGAUGGAUAAGCUGGGGAAACUAUUGUGACAUGGUUUACAAAGAAACCCAGGAAGAGAUUUGGUUAGAAUAUGCUGUUAGUUGCUUUCUUCAGGGAAUCAAAUAUGGUGUUUCUAACUCCAGAAGCCAUUUAGCUCAUGUCCUAUACCUUCUCAGCUUUGAUACUUCCAAUGAACCUGUGGGAAGAGCAUUUGAUAAGUACUUGGACCAGAUCCCACAUUGGGUUUGGCUUUCUUGGGUCCCACAGCUAUUACUUUCCUUGCAGAGGACAGAAGCGCCUCAUUGCAAACUUGUGCUAUUAAAAAUUGCAACUGUGUAUCCACAGGCACUUUAUUACUGGUUGCGCACAUAUUUGCUUGAGCGCCGUGAUAUUGCCAAUAAAUCUGAACUAGGAAGAUUGCGAAUGCAGCAAAGCAUCUCUGGGGCUGGUACAACUUCUUUAGGCUUGUCUGAUGGAUCUGCAAGAGUACAGACUCAUGCUGGUGUUUCUCUGACAACAGACAAUCAGGUUCAUCAAGGCCCUCAGUCUGCAACUGUUGGCGGGUCACAUGACGGUGGGAACUCUCAUGGACAAGAACAUGAAAGGAGCACAGGUGUAGAGGGAAAUGCGCAUGGUGGGCAUGACCAACCUUCACAGCAAAGUUCUUCAACCAUUACUGAAGGUCAAGGCACAUUAAGGCGUAACGGUAUGCUUGGAUUAGUAGCUUCUGCUGCUAGUGCAUUUGAUGCUGCGAAAGAUAUAAUGGAGGCUCUUAGAAGCAAGCAUACUAAUUUGGCUAGUGAACUUGAGACUCUGCUUACAGAAAUUGGUUCAAGGUUUGUUACCCUUCCUGAGGAGAGACUUCUGGCUGUAGUAAAUGCGCUACUUCAUCGCUGUUACAAGUACCCAACUGCCACUACAGCAGAGGUUCCACAAUCCCUGAAAAAGGAGCUGUCCGGUGUUUGCAAGGCUUGCUUUUCGGCCGAUGCUGUGAACAAACAUGUUGAAUUUGUGAGAGAAUAUAAGCAAGACUUCGAACGUGAUCUUGAUCCAGAAAGCACGGCUACUUUUCCGGCCACCCUUUCUGAACUGACUGAGCGAUUGAAGCACUGGAAAAAUGUUCUUCAAAGCAAUGUUGAGGACAGAUUUCCAGCUGUCUUGAAGCUGGAAGAGGAAAGCAGGGUGUUGCGUGAUUUUCAUGUUGUUGAUGUUGAAGUUCCGGGGCAGUAUUUUACUGAUCAGGAAGUUGCACCUGAUCAUACGGUGAAGUUAGACAGAGUUGGAGCCGACAUUCCAAUCGUGAGACGGCAUGGAAGCAGUUUCCGCCGACUGACACUCAUUGGAUCUGAUGGUUCUGAACGCCAUUUUAUUGUUCAGACAUCUUUGACCCCUAAUGCUAGAAGUGAUGAACGCAUAUUGCAGCUGUUCCGUGUGAUGAACCGGAUGUUUGACAAGCACAAGGAAUCAAGGCGCCGCCACAUAUGCAUCCACACCCCAACAAUAAUCCCUGUUUGGUCCCAGGUUCGGAUGGUAGAAGAUGACUUGAUGUAUAGCACAUUUCUUGAGGUCUAUGAGAACAAUUGUGCACGUAACAAUCGAGAAGCAGAUCUCCCAAUUACCCAUUUCAAAGAGCAAUUAAACCAAGCUAUCUCUGGCCAGAUUUCCCCCGAAGCUGUUGUGGAUCUCCGCCUCCAAGCAUAUAAUGAGAUAACAAAGACUCUCGUUACAGAUGGCAUAUUCUCUCAGUACAUGUACAAGACUCUUCCUAGUGGUAACCAUCUGUGGGCUUUCAAAAAGCAGUUUGCCAUCCAGCUGGCACUUUCUAGUUUCAUGUCAUUCAUGCUACAAAUUGGGGGAAGGACCCCCAACAAGAUUCUAUUCGCAAAAAACACUGGCAAAAUAUUUCAGACUGACUUCCACCCAGCUUAUGAUGCAAAUGGGAUGAUCGAGUUUAAUGAAGCAGUUCCUUUCCGACUGACAAGGAACAUGCAGGCAUUCUUCUCCCAUUUCGGAGUGGAGGGGCUGAUUGUUUCUGCCAUGUGUGCUGCCUCACAAGCUGUGGUUUCACCUAAACAAAUUCAGCAUAUAUGGCAUCAUUUAGCCAUGUUUUUCCGUGAUGAGCUGCUGUCUUGGUCAUGGAGAAGGCCAAUGCAUAUGCCUUCAGCUCCUGCUCCUGCAGGAGGCUGCUUAAGCCCCAUGGACUUAAAGCUCAAGGUCACUACAAAUGUGGACAACGUCAUUGGACGGAUCAAAGGUGUAGCCCCACAGAACUACUCUGAGGAGGAGGAUAAUGCUAUGGACCCUCCGCAGUCAGUGCAGAGGGGUGUAACUGAGCUGGUUGAAGCUGCCCUGAUGCCCAGGAAUUUGUGCAUGAUGGAUCCAACAUGGCACCCUUGGUUCUAGUUGUGGUUGCUUUUGGUUACGUCAUUGCUGAGAUAUAUAAAGCGUCUUUGGCCACCUCAGCACUCAGUAGCAGAUGUGCAGAUCUCUCUCUCUCUCUCUCUCUCUCUCUCUCUCUCUCUCGUAGAAUAUUUUCAUUUCCCUUGUAUAUCCCCUCCCCUCUCAAAAGAAAAAAACCAGUACAACGUAGUCUCCUUUGUAGUUAUGUAUAUAUUGGUACUGGUCCAUUAGGUUAAUCUAGUGCUGGAGAUUGUACAAUCUGUCCAUGUGUUUCUAAUGCUGUGAAUGGUACAAUAUGUCCUAGCCCUUUUGGGAAUUGGUUGACCUUGUAAUUAUCCACCCAUUAAAUGUGCAGGAAAAGCAUUUCCAAAACAA